AUGUCCAGCAACAACCCUCCGUCGCCCGUCUCACCACUGAAACCGUCCGACGGACCCCCAGAAUCCCCAACCACUGCUCGGCCCCUGGAUUUCGACAGUGACCAAGAGACUGGAACGAUUGAGACGACUCCAGCACCCAAGACAGAGUUGCAUUCGCAGCCUAAACCUCCUCCCAAAGACGACGUUGCUCCGCCAAAACCCCCGCGACCGAUGUCUCCACGAGAACAGGCAGAGCUCACGUUGAAAGAAGCCUUUCCUACGAUUGAGAUCAGCGUCAUCCGAGCAGUUCUCACUGCGAGCAGAGGCGAGAUCGAACCUGCAUUUAAUGCUCUCCUUGGAAUGACAGACCCUGAAUCUCAGCGAGAGCCAGAACCGUUACCUCCGGCCAAACCACCUCGUCCCGCCCGGCAACAAUCUCCCACCACUAGGAAGCUUAGCCAACUGGAAGCAGACGAGCUCUAUGCUAGACAGCUGGCUCAAGAAUACAAUGGCGGUCCCGGAUUUGACAGGCAGCAACCAAGGCGUCGUGAUUCUGGAGGAAGAUACAACGAAAACUUGCAAGGAUCAAGGGUUGGUCGACCAGGCGCAAGCCCGAACCCUGACGACGUACCGUGGCGCAGUUUUAUUGAUGACGAUCUGCCCGAGAUCCGUGACAAUAUCCGGAAGGGCUUCGUGGAAACGCAGAAGACAGUGAACAGCUGGAUCAGCGCAUUCAAGAAGAAGAUAGAUGGCGAUGACGAUGACGCAGAGUUCACACAAGGUCAACCGCCUCUCCCUGCCCGGCCAACAGCACAAUCGCCAUUCGCAGGCCGCCGAAGUGCCGAGAUGCGCCGCAGUGCAGACCUCCAACGAUACGAUGCUGAUAUGCAACCAAUCGGUGAUGACUUUUCAAAACUGGAGCUCCGCGAUGGCGACGCUCCGCCCCGUACAUCAAGCCGGCCACUGGCUAACCCAAAUCUUUUCCGGUCCGCCGGUAUCCAAGGUCCAGAUCGUCGACCGUCGCCGGGCACGAAUCGUAAGGUGUCCUUCCAGGACGGUCCACCGGAGGAGAUCAGGGACAUGUACAACGCCUCGCCAAAGCCCACCGCGGCGUCGACCACAAAAUCGAGCAAAUGGCAGCCCCUACAGAGUAUCGACCCGAGUCCUGUUGCGGAAAACGACCCAUUCAGUUUGGGUGACAGCGACGAGGAAAAGGAUGCGAAGGUGAUCACGUUACAGGAUGAUGACACAGAUGUCAAAAAGGAUGAGAAGAAAACCAGUGACGAAGAGGCGCAGAGCAAGAAUGCGACACAAGCCGCGACGAAGGAGACUCUUGGAGCAGAAUCGAAGUGA